AGAGUACGGAACGGAAAGAAAGAAAGAAAGAUGGGAAAGUGACUUCUGAGGAAAUUACUGAAACGAGCUGCACACUGAUUCAGCAUUCCUUAUAAACGUGUUGGACAUGGAAACCAAUAGCAGAUAUCACUGACUUCUGGUGAGACAGGGCGUUUACAUUUAAGGACUGAAAUGAGGAUAAAUCAACAGUCCUGAAGACAUUUCUCCAAGAAAAUGGACUUGAAGAGCUGCGGGGUGACUUUGAAAUGAAUUUCAGAAUCCACCAAUUUACCAUAUAUCUACAAUACUCAUAGACAACUUCUUGAUGUUGUUAUUUGUUUGUUAGUGAAUGUAACAAAUCUCAAAGUCCACAAUCGGUCAACAUUGAUAAUUUUGCCUGCUUGUCACCAAAUAUUUUGAGUCAUCAGAGAGAGAGAGAUGGCACAGAAAGACGGGGGAACAGAGCAGGGGAGUGUUAAGACUGGGGACAACCUUGGGGCCAAAGCUAUGGUUGGGGCCCCUGCUGCAGGUGGUGGAGUGGUGGUGGAGGUCAGGGAGAAGAAAGGACCUCUUCGGGCUGCGAUACCCACGAUGCCUUUCCCUCUGGCUGUCAUCUGCCUGUUUCUGAACACCUUCAUACCUGGACUUGGUACCUUCAUCUCAGCAUUCACGGUGCUGUGUGGAGCUCACAGCGAGCUCGUCUCAGAGCGAGGUGUUUGCUGCGUGUUCUGGCUCAACGUGGCAGCAGCCCUCAUCCAGAUACUGACAGCUGUUAUCAUGGUUGGGUGGAUCAUGAGCAUCUUCUGGGGAAUGGACAUGGUCAUCCUGGCAAUUUCUGACGGCUACAGAGACCAGGGUCCUCCCCAAGACGUCUGAGAGGUCGCUCUCAUGUUUGCCGAUAGAUCACAUGAACAGCAUGACCUCUUUAACUUCCCUGACACCUGGCGGUGACCUUUACACCUUUGUGAUGACCUCAACCAGUCUGUCUUUCAAACACUGGACGACAGGGCGAAGCAGAGACAUGAAAAUGAAUGAAACACGUGUAGAAAGAAAGAAGGAGGGAAUCAGCUGACUGAUCUGACAAGAAAACUUCCGAUUGUAUGCUGCUGAUAUUUUGACACCAGGCCUUGUUUACAUUUGAUGAUGAAGGAACAUGAAAGAGAUUAAAACUGUAGGGUCGCUAGAAAUAGACUAGAUAAGAAAAUUCAUGUGUUUGUGUUUUGCGUUAACAGUGAUUUCUGAAUGCUGAAUCUUUUGAUAUUUCUUAUGUGACAACAGACAUAAAUCUGUAAAAAGCUGAUGGAGUAAAUGAAGGAUGGACAAUGUUCUGGCGUGACGGUGUGAGAAACUGAAGAUGUUCAUUUACAAACUUUAUUUCUGUAUUUUUGACCUGUGAAUUUUGCCAGAUUUCGCUGUAAGACGUGUAUUCAACUCACAUCACCGGACUCAUGAUGGUGUUUCCAGAAUCUAACCACAGCUCCCACUGCCACAGAAGUGGCUGCCUGGCGCAGCAGCCAUUCUGCUUUAAAACAGUUUCAUUCAGUCUUAGAUGUCACUGAAUUCAUCAGAGAGCUUCAGUGGUCUUCAGUGACUUUUCCAUUAUCAUACUGACACCCCAUCAACGCUGUAAAAGGCUACAGUACAUUUAACUUUUGGCUGACUAUGAAACAUGUUAGAUCUUCUCUAAAUUGACAGAAUAAUCAGUGUAGCAGUCAGUUUUGUGCAGUAAGGCUCACAUUUUAAAAAAUUGCCUCUAAGAUCUGACAAUGACUGAACACAGAAACAGCAGUUAUUCUGUGGAGCAAACAUGUCUUCACCCGGAGCUUGUGAUCAACCUACCAGUGGCUCUGAUAGAAAAUGGCAACCCAUCCAUGAGUCUAUAGCUACUGUAGGUGCAGGAUUGUUUUUUCCUUUCAGCAACAGCAAACACCUCUUUAACACGCUGUAUCUCACUGCUGAUCACAAGAUGUGUGUCAUCCUAAAAUUACUGGGCUGUGUUGAAAAUGACUCAUGCCUCCCGAUGAUUUUUUGAUUCGAAUUUUCACGGCUCUUAGCUGUGUAAAUCAGUGUCAGAAGGAUAUUACACAUCAUUAGAACAUUGUAUUCUAAUUAACAGGUUGCAGGUUGCAAUCACCACCCUGUCUGUUACAUUAUGGCAAAGAUUCCAUUACAGUAAUGUCAUUUUAAUUUGUGAUUGAAGUCUGUUGCUUGAGAAGGUAUUUUUAAAUUGAUCAAUAAGCAAUCCAGUACAGAUUGAUACUGAAAUCAAAAAAAGUUUAGGCAGUCGAAUUCACUGUUUUGCAUGCACAUUGUGUAUAUAUUCAUGUGUGAGAGAUUAAUAAUACAAUAAUGGAGUUAUGGUAUGGUCUCAGUAUAACUAAAGGGGAGGUCUGUGGGUCAUAAGAUGCACAAUUCUAAUGUUUUUCAAGACUCAAAACAUCAUAUUUAAAACAACAAAUCCUUCCCCAUCUCAUUCACUGUAUCAUUGGUUCGCUUCCCUAAAAAGCGAAGAGAAUCACAAAAAAAAGAAAGAGCUCAAAACGAAAAGAACUGAGCCAUCCUGCUCGGCUGACUAACUGCUAACAAACUGACUGGACUCCAACUGGGCCAUGUGACAAAUUGUUACUUACAAACCAUCUGAGAAACAGAAAGAAAAAGAUUAUUACCUCUCCUGUAAUGUGGGACAGAAAAGUGGAGAUGCAUUUAUUCAUGG